ACUUAACUAAAAAUUUAUAUAUACGACCAGGAAUUGCCAAAGGCCCAUCUCAUAUUUUCUCACUCUCUUCUCUCUUAUGUUGUGACACCGUGAACCGUUUUCAGCCUCAGGUUGUUUCUCUUCUUUCUUCCUCGUUGUGAAGUAAUCAGCCAAAAUUAUUGUUAACACUUAAAAGAUCAAGAAAAGAAGAAAAGAGUGAUAUAGAGAGAGGCAGCCAUGGAUGUUCUCAGAGCUUCUUCGGGCAUUGUUCCUUCACCAUACAUUCCAACAGCAACAAUCAACAACACCCAGUUUACUAAACCUUUGUUUCGGAAUUCUCUGUUCAAACCACUUCAUCAUAAAAACGUAUCGAAUUCCAAGUUGUUUACCACCUUGUCAUCAUCCCCGGCAUCCACAGAAUCUGUGGAUCGACCUCAGCCAGAAGUUGAGGCUGACAGUGAGCAAGGGAAAUUUGACUGGUAUGCACAGUGGUACCCAGUUAUGCCAGUGUGUGAUUUGGAUAAGAGGGUGCCCCAUGCAAAAAAGGUGUUGGGACUUGAUCUGGUGGUGUGGUGGGAUAGGAAUGAGAAUGAGUGGAAAGUGUUUGAUGAUACUUGCCCUCAUAGGUUGGCUCCUUUGUCUGAGGGAAGAAUUGAUCAAUGGGGGAGGUUGCAAUGCGUAUACCAUGGUUGGUGCUUCAGUGGCUCCGGUAACUGCAAGUUCAUUCCUCAAGCUCCCCCGGAUGGCCCUCCGGUCCACACAUUCAAGAAAGCAUGUGUGGCCGCUUAUCCUAGCACCGUGCAGCAUGACAUUUUGUGGUUUUGGCCAAAUGCUGAUCCUCAAUACAAAGAUAUUAUUACGAAGAAAAAGCCCCCUUACCUUCCGGAAUUGGAGGAUCCUUCAUUUUCAAAGUUGAUGGGAAACAGAGAUAUUCCUUAUGGGUAUGAGGUCUUGAUUGACAAUCUUAUGGAUCCUGCUCAUGUUCCAUAUGCACAUUAUGGAAUAAUGCAAACUCGGAGCCCCAAGAUCAAGGCUGACAGAGAAGGGGGAAGACCACUUGAGAUGAGUGCCAAGAAGUUGGAUGUAAAUGGUUUCACUGGAAAGCAGGACUGGGGCAGUUCUAAAUUUAUUGCACCUUGCAUCUUUCAUGCUUAUGCUGAUCCUGCAGUUGAUCAAAGAAAUGGAUCUGAAACCCCAACUGAAACCAAAAAGGCAUCACCAGCAAAUCGGAAACUUUCUUUGAUUUUUAUGUGUGUUCCAGUCAGUCCAGGUAAUAGCAGAUUGAUCUGGACCUUCCCGAGAAACUUUGGUAUUUGGAUUGAUAAAAUUGUUCCACGAUGGAUGUUUCACAUUCGACAGAACCUGAUUCUUGAUUCUGAUUUGUAUCUUCUUCAUGUUGAGGAGCGUAAGAUAAUGGAUAUUGGUUCUACCAAUUGGCAAAAAGCUUGUUUUGUGCCUACAAAGUCAGACGCCUUAGUGGUUGGUUUCAGAAGGUGGUUAAACAAGUAUGCUGGCAGUAAGAUUGAUUGGAGGGGGAAGUUUAGUGGAGCUCUUCCUCCAUCCCCUCCUAGAGAACAACUGAUGGACAGGUACCGGUCUCAUGUGGUGAACUGCAAGAGUUGCAAUACUGCAUACAAGGGUCUCAAUGCACUUGAAGUCAUCUUGCAAGUCAUAUCCCUUAUUUCGAUUGGGAUUGUUGCUGCAACAAAGCAGGGUGUGAUGUCAAUGGUCACUAGAACAACAGUGGUUUCGAUGGCAAUCAUAUGCUUUGCAGCUUCAAGAUGGUUGGCUCACUUCAUCUACAAAAAUUUCCAUUACCAUGACUAUAACCAUGCCUUUCGCUGAGAUUAGUGAUUCACCAAUAAUUUAGUAAGGUGAAGCUAAUUGGGCACUUGUAUAAACCUAAUAGGCAACCAUAUUUGGCUAGCAGUUUCAGAACCACAGUUAAGAGACCUUAGUUGUUGUCUUCAUCUUGAAGUAAACAUCUGUUUCAAAAAGCGACCACAAUAUAUGCAUUUCGAAUUGCUUUGCA